AUGAGCGGACCAGGAGCCGGUCAUCAAUUCCCAAGCGAGGAUGUGAGUUGGAUGAAGAGAGACAUCCUCCUCUUUGCCAACAGCAUUGGAUGCACUGCGGAUGAACUCCAUUUUCUUUAUGAGGUUAUUGAUUUCUAUUCAAGCAAAGCUAGCAGAACCAUUCCAGGUGUACCUCCUCUUGAUCCCAAACGUACUGUCGAUGGCCAGAGGAGAAUGUUCUUCUACAAACCCCUUCCUGUCACUAGCGAGGGCCGCAAGUUUGAGCUACAAUCCAGGGUCAUUGGCGUGUACGAUAAGGGAAAAGUUGGCACUGUUGUGGAAAUGGAGUACUUAAUCGUUGAUAAGGAAACCGGAGAAGUAUACACAAAGAUGAUUGGAAGUGCAUUCUACAUCGGCCAGGGCAAUUGGGGCGGUCCAAAGGGGCCUACGAGCGUGAACUUCUCCCCACCCCAAGGCAAGAGCCCCGAUGCAGUCCACGAGUAUCAAACCACUGAAAACACCGCCAUGCUCUAUAGGCAAGUAUCUCUACUCCCCCUCCUGCUGGCUCUGCUUCUAACAUUGGAUACUUUCAGACUCAACGGCGACUACAACCCACUUCAUGCAGAUCCUGCACCAGGGAAGAAGAUGGGUUUUGGUGGUGUUAUAAUUCACGGCCUCUUCAGUUGGAAUAUGGCAGCCCAUGCCGUACUUGCUAAACUAGGUGGCAGUGAUCCCAAGAACAUGAAAGAGUUCCAGGCUCGAUUCGCUUCUCCAGUUCGACCUGGCGAUAAGCUUACCACGGAGAUGUGGAGGACAGGUAAAAUAGAGGAUGGGUUUGAGGAAAUCAUCUUCACCAUUAAAAAUGAUCAAGGGAAGGUUGUCUUGAGCAACGGCCGUGCUCUCGUGAGAGUCGUCGGGGCUAAGAGUAAGCUGUAG